AUGCAACAGCCUGAACAUGCGGUGACUAGACCACCUCUACCAUUCCCACAGCGCUUUCAGAAACAGAAAAUAGAUGCAGCACGUAAGAAAUUUCUUGACAUAUUAAAGCAGGUGCACAUCAACAUUCCUUUAGUAGAGCUCUUGCAAGAAGUUCCAAAAUAUGCUAAGUACUUCAAGGAUGUUGUUGCAAAUAAGAGGUUGGACUGGCAUUGUGGUGUUAGUAAUAAUCUGAUGCCCACCUCUGUGUUCCGAACGUUGGGGUUGGGUGAACCAAGGCCAACAACAGUCACUUUGCAAUUAGCUGAUAGAUCUCUUGCACAACCCAAUGGUAUAAUUGAAGAUGUUCUCGUGAAAGUGGGUCCUUUUAUUCUGUCAGUUGAUUUUAUUAUCCUUGAUUACAAGGUUGAACGUGUGUUGCGAGUGUUGAGAGACAGAAUCCGAGCCAUUGGCUGGGCCAUAGAUGACAUUCAAGGCAUUAGCAGUGCGUUCUGCACGCAUAAAAUAUUGGUGGUGGAAGAUAGCAGGCCAGCAUGGAGAAUCAAAGAAGGCUGA